AUGGACGCAGCCCCCGCGUCAAGAAAAUGUUGCCUCCACACGCACGUCCAACAGAAAAAUGGAAUGAUGAAGACGACCCCCCUGGUAAGUAAACGAAGUUACUUUACAUCCCUAUACGACACCAAAACUGAAAAAACAAAAUUAAUGAGCGAAAUGGACGAUUUGUAUGACCACAUUAUAACGAGCAACUGGAACGACUCAGUACACCUCGUUCUGAAUGUCUCUAUUUGGGAAGGAAUUCUAAACUCCAUAGAAGAUAAGAUAAAGCCAUAUGAGCAGGAUGAAGAUAUUAUAAAAAAAAAAAAAAUAUUAAAUGAAGUAUUUGAUGUUCUGUUUAUAUUAGAAGAUUUGCGAGACCAUGUAAAUGAACUUUUGGAACAGUCAUCACGUGCAAGUGGACUGGCGGGGACAUAUAUUUUGGCCUCCUUCAAAGUAGAAAACAUGAAUGAGCACAUUGAAUUUUUGAAAACCAAGUAUGAUGAGCUGCUGUUGAAGUACCCACUUUAUAAGUACCAGAUUGAUAUGGUCCUGGGGAAGGGGCUGGCCCUCCUACGGCAGAAAUACAACUUCGAGUGGAGGCACAUGCAUAAUUUUUUCUUCUAA